GUCGCCCAGUACUUCCGGCUCAACUUAUUCCCUGACCCCUCGCUUGUAGACGCCGUGGGCCGCGCCGACAGAUGCUCCACGGAUGUUGGUCCCCACAUAUGGUACGGAUACACCCACAACUUUUUCACUCCCACACAGGCACACUUUUUCAACAAUGAGGCUCGAGCACUGCCGUCCCACACAAGGGUGGAGUACCCGUUCCUCCUCAUCGAAUUCGCAGAAGCCCCAGCCUUAUCUGCGAACCUGGACGGACCCGUUGCGCGAUGCUUUGAGAACUCGGCGCCCUUCGCCAAGAUGGUCGCCCGCCUCAACCACCUGCUGUCCAAGUGGGCCAUGCACAGGACCCAGCCCGUCAACCAGAGCGUGUUCAUGGUUGCCAUGAGCACCACAUCGGCCCGGCUCUACGUCGCAUGGUACGAUGGCGACAACACUAUCCAUCUGUCGAUCCUUGGCUAUUUUAAUCUCGAGGAACGCGAUGAGUACCUGCGCCUCCACAGAUAUAUCACGAAGAUCCUCGUCUGGGGAGGGCGUGUCAGGCUACACGAGCUCUACUGCGCCUUGAACGAACUU